GCAGCAGGGGGGUCCCCCUCUUACAGCGUCCACCCCCGGGGUCGUCUUGUUAUUACUGCUAUUUGCUUGCAGCCAAGGACAAUAAGCAGCAGCAGCACACACGCAUCUGCGACGUGGGCCACCCAAAUGCGGUUUCUUCUUCUUCUUUUUGCCUUUCGGGAGGAGGGGGCGGCCCAUGCAUCGCUAGCAGCUCCAGCAGCCCCAACCAUCUAAUCUGGAAAGCAAAUCAUGGGUCCGGUCCCCUCUUCUUUUCCAUGGUCUAAGUGAUAUAUCCCCGAAAACCCCCAUCUAGAGGAGAAUCCUUGCUUCCCAUCCCAACCGUCCGCCUUGCCAAGUAGACAUCUACAUAUAUCUUCCUUUGCGCCUCCCAUCUCAACCCUUCUUUCUCAAGAUCCCAUCAAGCCACAAAACAGAACAUCACUUGCUCCCUCCUCUUAACCCUCCGGGCUACUACUGCUACUACUAUCAUCCACUUCUCUACUUGCAUCUUGCAUUCGCAGCCACAUCGCCAACUGCCAGUGACGCCACUUUAGCCUUUGACAUCAUCAUCAUCUCGCCUACCCUUCUACCUUUCACAUCUCAUGACUAUGGGCCCUAGCCGUGAAGCCUGUGACCGUUGUCACGCCAUGAAGACGCGAUGCGUCCGAGCUUCGUCCGUCCACGCCUGUGUUCGGUGUACGAGACUUGGAUUCGACUGCCACUACUCGCCUCCGGGAAAGACUGGCCGUCCUCCCGGUUCCAAGAGAAAGCCCUCAGUAACAGAAAAGCGCUCUGAAAAGUCUUCUGCCACCACCACUACUACUUCUACGCCUCGCUCUUCUCCUCAUACUCGUCCUGUGCCGUGCCGCAAGCCGCGCCGCCAGCAAUCGCUUCACCAGCAGGACGACAUAGCCAGUUUGGUAUCCUCGGCCUCCUCUGUCAGCUCUGUCGGAGGCCUAAAUGCCGUCACUUCUGCUCGAGACUUUGCCGACGUGGACUUCUUCAACACGCCUCCCUCGGUGCCAGAGGAAGAGUCUAUGAACCUGUUUUUUAUGGAUGACUAUAUUCCUGAGCUCAACGACCAAUUUGCACACUCACAGAGUGCAUCUUCGCCACCAGAGACAUACUCUUUAAUGGGUGGCAACCAGUUCCAGUAUCCCGAGCCAAAGUCGGCGUACAGUGCUCCAUCUAACCCAUAUACGGGCGAGGACGAUCUUCUGCACACUCUUCUGGACAUGCAAACCCGCUUAGCCAAAAUCAACAAGCACCUGGCACGCUCUGGAAACACUACUACCGACAUUGACGAUAUCCACCGCACCACCGAGACGCUCAUCAGCAUCUUGGACGGCUACGAUGAGCGCACCGGGCAGCAGAUUGCGCCUGUUCUCUCCUCUGGAAACGGUGUUGUCGUGUUGCUCCUUUCCAGCUGCUACGUCAGUCUUAUCCAAGCCUACGAAUCUGUGGCCACAACACUCCGUGCCGACUUGCAAAAGUCGUCUGGCUCCGAGUCCAUGACAGGCAUGCAGCCCCAGCACUUUUUGUUCCCGAACAUGAUGCCCAGUGUCACUGUUGGCUCAGUCGGCCUCUCUAUGCCACAAAAGGCCAUUACAGAGGUCAAUCUUCAUGUCGUGGCGCAGACGGUACAGCGCCUGAAGACUGCCAUGAACAACUGCUCGACUCGCAUGGCAAUGCCUCGCUUUAUGCAGAGCCAUCCUGCUCUCGCCAACGCCUCCGGUCUGGGAAGCAUUUGGGGCUCCUCUCAGGUCCAGUCGAACUUUGCUCCAGUCUCAGAAUUCACAUCGGCCGUGGCCGGGAGCAAGAUGCCUGAGGAUAGCCUGUACGGCCACCACCUUGCAACAUCUACUUUUUAAUACAGCAUGAUUUUAAGUAACGGGCUCAUUUCGGCGCAAUAGGAAGCGAUGGAAAAAGGAUGACAUUUUUUUUGGAAAUAAUGUAUCAUGUAUAGAAUACCUAUUUGAUUAGUAUAACAAGCUCAAAAGCAAUGACACGCGUGUAAAUACGCAUUGGACCCCCAAA